UUGUGAUUGUUUAAAACGUUAAAUACUCGUUGUAUGUGCUCGUCUCGUCUAUUCGCGCGGCGUCCAGUGUGUUAAACCGAGUGCGUGUGCGAGUCGGUACGUUACUGUUACGCGUAUUCAUAUCGGUGUCCGCCGCAGUACGUGUACAAGUAGCCGUUAGUUUCGUGUGUCGUUCUGCGUGUCCGUAUGUGUUUCGUGUUCUUGUAGCCGCAAUCCGAUUGAUUUUUGUUCCUCCUUUUUUCCUUUUGUUAUGUUAAUAAUUGUUUUUUAGUUACAACGUUACUCGCCUCUAACGAUCGAAUAGUAUUACAAGUUAAUAUUACUUUUUAUCCUACCCAAGGAUAUCUUUGAAUUUCCGAGUAAUUUGGUUUUAACUAAACACACGCUCAUAAUUGUGUCCCGUUGUCGUGUUUUGUUUUUUUGUUAUUAUUAUUAUUAUUAAUUUUUUUGAGUCUGUUUUUUCAUUUUCUCCGCUACAAGUUCAUUAUCGAUCGCUACCAUCGAUAACUACAAUUCCUCGAGGAGCGUUAAGAUUCGCUCGAUCAUUGCGAAAACUCGACAUCGCCUCCGCUCCAACUACACUGACAUGCCGUACGCCUCCCCUGAAAGAAAACUUUUUAUUGGCAUGCUGUCAAAAAAAAUAUCAGAACCAGAUAUUAGACUAAUGUUUGAACCCUUUGGGCCUAUUGAAGAAUGUUCUGUGUUACGAGAUCCAAAUGGUGUUAGCAAAGGCUGUGCGUUUGUUACAUAUACAACGAAACAAAAUGCCAUCGCUGCUAUUAAAGGUAUGCAUCAUUCACAAACUAUGGAAGGCUGCACAUGUCCUUUGGUGGUUAAGUUCGCGGACACUCAAAAAGAAAAAGAUCAAAAACGCAUGCAACAAAUGCAAGCAAAUCUUUGGGGUUUGGCAGCCACCGGCAACAAUGUUCCCACAGCUCAGUAUCUGGCCCUAGGCGUUUUAGCUAAUCAACAAAUAAACAGUGAUACAAAUUCAUUAUCUUCUCAAGUGCUUCAGCAAAUUCAACUGAAUGCUGCGGCUGCGGCUGUUGCUGCAAACAACAAUACAAAUCAAUUGAACAAUUUGCUUCUCUCAAAUAAUACAGGUGCACUCAAAUCCCAGUACCAUAUCCAAACGUCCAAUUAUCCCUUAAGUUUAGAUACCGUCUCACCGCGACGAAUAGAUUACAACACCGAUGCUUUCUAUGCAGGAUACCAGAAUCUGUCCGCGUCGCCGCCUAGUCUGGGAGACCUGAACCCUGGUAACCUGCAAAACCUGUCGACGUUGGCCAACCUUUCCGUGGGAAACCCAAUCGUUAAUUCUGUAAAUAUGCAAAAUCUCGUUACAUUAGCUGCGAUGGGCGCUAAUUCAGUUUCACCUACAGGAUCCAGUUCAUCUAGUCUAAGUAGUUCAGCUUUGUCAAGUUUGUCGCCUACGUCUGCCGCGGCAGCAGUUUUAAUGGGGAAAAAUUCCGGACUGUUAGCUGGUACUAAUGGUGCGAACAGUACGUACGGAUCGUCGCUGAAUGCACUUGGCCUAACUUUGGCAGAUCUCAACUCGAAUCAAUUUGCAAUGCCACAGUCGCCGCCAACCAGUUCACCACUUUAUUUCAUAAAUAACAACAAUAAUAAUAGUCCUACUAAAGUUUCCGGCAAGCAGAUUGAGGGUCCAGACGGUGCAAAUCUGUUUAUAUAUCAUCUCCCUCAGGAUUUUGCUGAUUCCGAUCUUGUGACAAUGUUUUUGCCAUUUGGCAAUGUAAUAUCAGCAAAGGUUUACAUAGAUAAAGAAACAAAACUGUCCAAAUGUUUCGGGUUCGUGUCAUAUGAUAAUGCAUACAGUGCUCAAGCUGCUAUACAAACUAUGAACUCUUACCAAGUAGGAAAUAAGCGAUUAAAAGUACAGCUUAAGAGGCCUAAAGAAGCGUCGAGGCCAUAUUAAAUUGAAUAGUUGAUCACACACAUUCAAAAAUUUUACACACAAAAUAAAAAUUAAAAAAUAAAAUAAAAAUUGUAUAUCAUCGUAUAUUUUUAGUUAUUUAACGCGUGUGUGCGUGUGAUUCUGUCCAAAUAAAAUAUAUUUUAAAUAAUAAUUACAACGACGAGAUUUAUAUGUGUGUACUGAUAUAUAAUUGUUUGUACAUUAUUUUUAUUGUUUAUUUGUUAUAAGAUCCACAUAACACAGGGUUAUUGUGGAAUAGGAAAUAUUUAUUAUGUAUUUAUAGGAAUCAAUCAUUUAAUAUUAUGUAUGAAACUAUAGCUAAUGACUUUCAAACGAUCUUUAUAUAAAAUUUUUAAAAAAAAAAUUCUACACUUUUUAUUAGUAAUUUUACUUCACGUGUUUUUAAUAUAUUUACUUUAUUUUUUCGUUAAACUAUCAAAGGACCAAUUUUAUUUAGUCUAUUGUCGAUGUUUAUUGUUUAUGCUGUUCAUUGAUACUUAUAGUAAUAGUGUGAGAGUUCAAUUAAGACAAUUACUUAAAAUAUUGUUGUAAUUAAGAUAUUAUACAAUUUUUUAUUGUUAUUUAAGUAGUAUGAUUUUUUUUCUUGUUUUAUUUUAAAAAAUGUACCCGUGCAUGUUCGGCAAUCAGGGUAUUAAAUUUAUCAUCAAAAAUAUUUCUCGUUUGAAAUCAUAGUACUGUACUGAUUAUAAUACCUUAAAAGGUUCCUGUAGUUAAAUAGUGCUUAUAUUUGUUUGAUAGUCAAUCUUAUAUUAUGUUUUAAUUUAUAAUAUGAUUUACAAUGUUUUUUUGUUUUGUUGAAUUUAAAUAAUGUUAUUUUAUGUUCAGUAUUAAUUUUAAUUUAAUUUUUUGUGCAUGCAUUAAUCGUUUUAUAAACAUUUUCCAGUAAAUGCUAUUUUUGACAAUAUGUUACUAUACUAUUUAACAAUAAAGACUUUAAUUUUCGUUUUAGAUAAUAUUAUCAGUAUGUUUUUGUGCUUAGUAAAAUAACGUGUCCAUAAAUGUGAGAAUUAUGUUUUCUUUUGUCUUUUGUCUCUUGUUGGCAUUUAUAUUGUAUAAACUACAACUAAUAUUGUUUAUAUCAAUCAUCACUAUUGUUAACGGGCAUUAUUGUGAUACUAAUAGCCUAUUUUGUUUUAAAUUAAUUUUAUUUAACUUAUUUAAAAGCGCCAAAACCAAAUAUUGUACAGUGCCAUAAUAUGAUGAACUUUUUAGAAAACUACAUAUUUUUUCAAAAUAGUGUUUUGGUGCUAUAAUGAUUUUUAACAAGGUUUUAGUUAGAUUAUUUAUGUAGAAUUUAUAUUAAGUAAUAAGUGCCAGUAACCAGAUGUUUUUUUAUCUCCUCCCGUUUUUGAAGUCUCUUUUAAAUUAUAUUAUUAGGCGAAAUACCUUAUAAUAUUAUGUUUUUAAUGUUCACUUAUUGUUUGUGAAAAAAAAGUUUUUCGUGUUUAUUUUUUUCUUUGUAUGAAGUUUUAUGAAUACUUAAUUGAAAAUACAUUUGCAUGUAAUAAUGCUGUAUAUUAUUUA